AUGACCGAAUUGAAAGAGGCCUUCAGAGGGCCGCCAGGAUUGCCGGGUCAGGGUUCACCAGGUACAAGAGGUCAACCGGGUCAGAGAGGUCAACCAGGAAAUCCAGGACCAGCCGGAAGAGUGGGCGACCCCGGACCAAUAGGACCACCCGGAGAACAAGGACCUCCAGGACCUCGAGGAUCCAGAGGUCACACGGGAGCGAAAGGUGAGAGAGGCUUCCCAGGGGACGACAGCACCUAUUCGAAACCGGGUCCCCCAGGACCACCGGGAGAGCCAGGAGAGGGCCGACAGGGACCGGAGGGAGCUCGAGGACCCCCUGGUCAACCGGGACUUCAGGGACCUCAGGGACCACAAGGAGCCCCCGGAACAAUUGGACCACCAGGAACACCCGGAUAUUGUGCCAGUUGUGGUGGUAACAGAGUUUGA